AUGCCGCCGUCGCGUUGGGCAGAAUCGGCGGAGGACGCAGCAGAAGACGCGCGACGGAAAGCAGAGAAGGAGGAGAAAAAAGCGAGGGCCAAGGCUGAGAAACAGCGAAAGGCAGAGGAGGCAGAGCGGGCAGCAGCAGCGGCAGCGAGCCAAAACAACGGCCACGCGGAGGAGGAGGACGUCGACGAACGACCCAGCAAAAGAAGAAGACUGUCACAAGAUACCCACGCAGAGCUGCAACCUGAGCAGAAGUUGUUGCGAUUCAAUGCACCCUCAUGGCAGCCGUGCCGCUCGGUGGAACGCUUCGACCGGCUGAACCACAUCGAAGAAGGAAGCUAUGGCUAUGUCUCUCGCGCAAAAGAAGAGGCAACAGGGGACAUUGUGGCGAUCAAGAAGCUCAAGUUGGAUCCCAUCGCAGACGGAGGCUUUCCAGUCACAGCACUGCGGGAAGUGCAGACAUUGAAUGCAGCGAAGCACAGACACGUGGUAAACCUGCGGGAGGUCGUAGUAGGCGCAGGCGGUUCGAAAGGAGAUGUUUACCUGGUGAUGGACUUUCUGGAACACGAUCUGAAGUCUCUACAAGAGGAAAUGGAAGAGCCAUUUUUGCCGUCCGAGGUCAAGACGCUUUUGCUACAACUGGGAAGCGCUGUGGAAUUCCUCCACGACAACUGGAUUCUGCACCGCGAUCUCAAGACAAGCAACAUCCUGAUGAACAAUCGGGGCGAGAUCAAAGUGGCAGACUUCGGAAUGGCGCGGUUUUGUGGAGAUCCAGCUCCCGCGAAUCUCACUCAACUGGUGGUGACUUUGUGGUACAGAGCACCAGAGCUCCUCCUCGGUACAACGACGUAUGGAUCUGCCAUCGACAUGUGGAGCGUUGGGUGCAUAUUCGCCGAAUUGCUCACCAAGCACCCUCUGCUGCAAGGCAAGAAUGAAGUGGACCAGUUGAGUAAGAUCUUUGAGCUAUGCGGCAUCCCUACGGAGGAGAACUGGCCCGGAUUUAAAAGACUGCCGAAUGCACGCUCACUCCGUUUGCCCACCAACAGCAGGGCCGCGCAGGGCUCGGUGAUACGGUCGAAGUUCUCGACCUUGACAAAUGGCGGCGUGGCAUUGCUCAACAGCCUGCUGUCUUUGAACCCGUCCGAGCGACCAUCGGCCAAGGAGAUGCUGGAACAUGCCUACUUCCGUGAGGACCCUCGACCGAAACCCACCGCCAUGUUCCCGACAUUCCCAUCCAAGGCUGGACAAGAGAAGAGGCGGAGGGUUGCAAGUCCCAAUGCUCCAAUCCGCGGCGCUGCACCUGGUCUACAAGGCGAUGUUGACUUCAGUUCGAUAUUCAAAGGUCGCGAUGAAGAGGAGAAAGGUGGUGGCUUUCAGCUGAAGCUGGUUUGA